CUCAUGCAGCACCUUCUCAUGCCAAACCUUGUGGAAUAGGAGUUGUUUGUUGAGGAAACAAGCUGAUAGGAAGACUACACCAGAGACACCACUCAGGAAGGAAUACAGUACAACUGAGAAGAAAAAGCUCUUCGUGUAGAACAAGGAGAGGUUCCUGAACUCUCAAUGGGUCUAACCAAUAUAAUAUGGACAGUUACUACUGUAACUGCCAUGAUGCUAUGUGUCAGAUCUAACGGUCUUUCUGUUAUACAGUGUCCUGGCAAAGUCCUGGUAAAGCCAGCUCCAGUUUUCCUGGUGGGAUCAAACAUUUCAAUCACCUGUAUAUCUAUAGAACAGAACUGUGACAUCAAUGAAUUUGAAUUAUAUCGAAAUGAAAAACCAAUACAAAUGGAGCGCUUUAAUAAAACUGCUGCGCAUCAUUGGAUGAUCAAUGUCACAACCCAAGACUCCACAAUUUACUGCUACAUUGAGUGUGUAGAUGGGGCGAAAGAGUUGGUGUGUGUAGCAAGUCUUCAACCUGGUUAUCCACCAGAUCAGCCAAAAGAUCUGAUCUGCAUAUGGAGACAUAGUAAAAUGAUGUGUACAUGGAUAGCAGGGAAACAGACAUUUCUGGAAACAUAUUACGCCCUUCAUGUUCAAAGUGAAGGAACAGGGAAAGAACAGAUAUUUCCAACAAACCUCAGAUCAAGCAGUGUCACAGUCCCUGCAGAUCAUCUUCAGAAAGCUUCUAUAUACAGGGUCUGGAUACAAGCUGAGAAUGCAUUAGGAAAUGCAACAUCCAAGCAUCUAACUUUUUCGCUCAAUGAUAUAGUUAAGCCUGAUGCUCCAAAGAUCACUAAAGUUGAAUUUCUAAAUAAUUCAAUUCCCAAGAUCAUUAUUCACUGGAGAAAUUCAACAAAUGCAGAAUGUCAGUUUGAAAUAAGAUACAGAAUAAUAUCCAAUCCUAACAUGAGAUGGACUCUGGUUGCUAAGAACACUUUCAUUAUCAGUGGAAAUUCAGGUUAUUUUUACAACUGGGAGCCUUUCAAGGAAUAUGAAUUUCAGAUCCACUGUAACCUCAUAAAAAGCAACAACUACUGGAGUGACUGGAGCAAAUCUUUUAUAAACAAAACACCUGAGGCUGAGCCUGGUGGAGUCUUGGAUGUAUGGAGUUCAUGUGAGCUAAUAAAACCAAACAAACAUAAAAGUGUAAUCAUCUAUUGGAAGCCUCUUCACCCUCAGGAAACUAGGGGCAUCAUUCUUGGGUAUCGCAUAUUUUAUCAACAAAAUGGACAUGAAAUGACCAUCCGAGUGUGUAAUGUAUCAGAGACUCAGUACAGCUGGCAAACUCCUCGGACACCAGACAACAUCCUUGUUACAGCGUUUAACUCCAAGGGAGAUUCUACACCUGCAGUGCUCCACAUAGGAGAGUCAAAUCUGAUGGCUCCUAGAAACCUUAGGGUGAUACCAGCUGGAGACUCUGGAAUUUAUGUCAAAUGGGAACCACCACAUGAAGUCAGUGAGCCAGUGCUGGGCUAUGUAGUUGACUGGAGGGAAGCAGCUGACAACAACAAGCAGCUACUGGAUUGGAAAAAGCUUCCAAAGGACAAUCACUCCUUGUUUCUAGGACAAUCUUCUUCACUGCAGGAAUAUCUAGCAGAAGGAAGAAGCAUUAAGCCAAGAAAACGUUACAAUAUUUCUGUCACUGCAAUGUACCAGAAGGGAAGAGGGCAAUCUUGUUCAGCUCAAGGAUAUUCUAUAGAAGGAAAACCCACAACAGGACCAAAUGUUUCAGUGUUGAAAUUUGCUGGGCAGCAAGUACUUCUAAAAUGGGGAGAAAUUCCACUUGAAGAACAACAAGGAUUUAUCACCAACUACACCAUAUAUCUGAAGAGAGGCGCUGAUGGGUCAUAUCUUGUUCCAUAUAAUGUCAUAAAUCCAACUGUGAGGACUUAUUGGCUGACACUUGGUUUUGAUGAUGUUUACAUUGUGUAUAUGACUGCCACAACAGCUGCAGGAGAAGGGGUCAAGGGAGCAGACUUGACUAUCAGGCAAGACCAUUACAGCAUUGCUCUUCCACUGCAGCUAAGUGUGGCAAUAACCAUUCCAUCGGCUUUUCUUUUAACUCUGGCAUUUGCAAAAUCAGUCAGACAAAGAGUUAAAUCAAUGUGCAAGAUGUUUUUACCUGGCUGGGUUCAGGAAAAAUUCCCCAAUGUGGAAAACAGCAAUGUGGUGAAAGGACUACAGAGAAAAGAUGAAGUUCCCUUUCUACAUACUGCAGCACUGUUAGUAUAUAAUGAUCCACCGAUAACAGAAGUAGAAGAAACUUUGCUCCCAAGAAUCAACAAAAGCUUCAUCCAAACUGUGCAUAGAAAUUCUAAACACCAAACAGAAAAGGCAACUUUCGAGAACCCAACUGCAGAUAUUUCAGAAGCUCAUAAUUCUGGUCUAUCUCAACUAAAUGAAGACACAGAAAUUACGGGCUACAAGCCUCAAGCAUCCAGCAGAUGCCAAUUGGUAGUUUUAUCACCUAAUGAUGAUGAAUCAAUUCCAAACACUGGAAGUAAUCAAGUUAAAGUAUACAAAGAGCUCAGCACUCCAGGUUUUGACAGGUUUCCAGAUAUUUCCACUAUCGAUGGAAUCCUAGAUUUGAACACAGAUUUGGCAUCCAACGAUAAUGGAAUACAAGAUGAUCAAAAUUACAUCCUUAAGAAGGAAAAGGAUCAGUUCCCAGUUGAUGAGCAUCACAGAACAUAUAUAACAGAGGGACUACUUCAAGAGCAAACUUUACUACCGGAUGAAUUUGUUGAUUGUUUACUGCACCUUGAAGAUGAUUCCACACAUAUAAAAUCUUAUUUCCCUCAGAUUGUGGCCAGUCAGUGACAUUACUUUAGCUGACACAAAAUUUGUUUCUUGUUGUUCAACUCUUCAGAAGUUGUAUUUUCCAUACAUUUGUGUGAUUCACUCAGACUGUACUUACAGAAGUAGAGAACUUGAGUAUAAAACAUGAAAAAGAGUAUAAGUUGCAAACUGGAAUUCAUAUUUUCCUUAUAGAAUCAGUAUGUGGAAUGGGCUGCUAACAAAAUCAAUUAGUGUGUUGUUAAUCCUAAAAAGAGAAAAUGUCUGGUACAGACCAAGAGUUAAGGAUUGAAGGAAAGAAAUAGGUGGUCAAGAUCCCCAAACAAGUGAUACUUUGCUUCUGAGCCCAUGACUGAGCUAACUGUGAAUGCCACCAGGUUAAAUAUUGUUGUUUGUAUAGUUGGAUUAGGAUUCCUGAAUUUAGACAUUAAUAUAACUGGUCCCAAAACAGGGUAAAGUAUGUCUUUAAAUCCAAUCACACCUCUGAAUCUAAAAUAGCAAUGCCAAAGUCAAGAUUGUUAAUUUAAAGAUUAUGAGCCAAUUAGAUUAUUUAAUGCUACAGUUGGUAGAGUCCAGAAAGCCAUUUGGUAUGAGAUAGAACUCAAACUAAACUUCAUGUAGCUUUAUAUUUAUUUAGAGUUUCAUAUGAGAAACAUAAACGUCCUCACCUCAUAACCACUACUUUGUAGGGCUUUAAUGGAAUCACGAGUUAAAUACCCACUUCCAAAUAAUUAAACAUAAAUAAUACAUUAUCACAACUAGAAGUAUUGAUAUCAGGAAAAUUGUGCUUUUUCACACCAAACCACUGCAUCUAUGCUCUCAAUCUGCCAUCUUUGGAGAUGCCAAAUUGAGGAUAAAUAUCAUUACAGUAAUCGUUCAAAAACAUAUGAAUGAUUCUUUUAUCCUUUAUCAAAAGUUACAUUUUGAAAAGUUUAAAAUAGAAGUUUAUACACAGACUGCUCAUUAUUGAAUGUUCUCCAAAUUUUGCUGUUUCAACUACCAAUCUUGUAUUGUCAUAUUUAGGGUCUUUAAAAUUUAAAGAUGUAUAAUAUUACAAAGAUUUUAAUUGGGAUCUUUAUUUGAAUAUGACAAACUCUAGCCUGCAAUUUAGUGUUCAAUAUGAGCGGCUAAAUGGACUUUCCCAUAAAGAUUUAGUGCUGCACUUGAAAAUAUAUUUAUCAAGCCUCUGUGUAUUUAAUACAUGCAUCUUUUCAAACCUCCCACAGUUGCUGAAUGUUUCUCUGUUGUAAAGAUCCAGGAAAUGAUAAGGAAGACAAUGUCUCACAACCUUAUGAACAGCUCGUAUAAAUUCUGCACAGCAG